UCGGGAGCGGACUUAGAAUAAGAUUUCUUCUUCUCGGACUCUCUCUCUGGCAGCGGCCGCUUCAUCGUCUCGCCCCUUUCGCCUCACGACAAUUCCCAAUUUAUUUUAAUUUCGUUUUCACAUCCAUAUUCGUUAAAUUAAUUACUAAUAAAUCAAUUAUUCGAUCUAAUUUCUGCUAUAUAUAAAUAUUAGUAGUUUUCUGGAGAUUGAACUCUUGAUUUUGCGUGAAUAUGGAUUGUGAAAUGAAGAAAAAUUCUCACGAUGGGAUUGUCGUUAAUGGCAAAAACGAGGGCGUUUUCGGCUCACCUGCCAAGAGGAUCAAGCUCAUUAUCGAUACUGACCCCGGAAUCGAUGAUAGUAUGGCAAUCUUAAUGGCAUUCCAAAGUCCGGAGUUGGAGAUCUUAGGUUUGACGACAAUAUUUGGUAAUGUUGCUACAGAAGAUGCCACCUGUAAUGCCUUACUUCUGUGUGAGAUCGCAGGGUGUCCAGAUGUUCCUGUAGCAGAAGGCAGCCCUGAACCUCUUAAGGGUGGGAGGCCACGUAUCGCUGACUUUGUUCAUGGUUCUGAUGGACUGGGGAACAUAUUUCUACCUCCUCAAAAAACAAAGAAAUCUGAGAAGAGUGCCUCUGAAUUUUUAGUUGAAAAGGUCUCUGAAUAUCCUGGUGAAGUAUCCAUACUUGCACUUGGACCGCUGACAAACUUGGCAUUGGCAAUCAGAAGGGACUCAACCUUUGCUAACAAGGUGAAAAAUAUAGUUGUACUUGGUGGUGCAUUCUUUGCAUUAGGAAAUGUGAAUCCUGCUGCUGAAGCAAAUAUUUAUGGAGACCCUGAAGCAGCUGAUGUUGUGUUUACUUCGGGAGCUAAUAUUGUUGUUGUUGGGAUUAACAUUACUACCCAAGUCAAAAUGACAGAUGAUGACCUCCUCGAACUGAAACAAUCAAAGGGAAAGUAUGCUCAGCUGCUGAGUAACAUGUGCAAAUUCUACAGAGAUUGGCAUGUGAAGUCUGACGGUGUAUAUGGGAUAUUUCUUCAUGACCCUGUCAGUUUUGUGGCUCUAGUUCGGCCAGAUCUCUUCACAUACAAGAAGGGGGUUGUGAGGGUUGAGACACAGGGCAUAUGUGUGGGGCAUACAUUGUUGGAUCAAGGAUUAAAAAGAUGGAAUGGAAGCAACCCUUGGACAGGCUAUUCCCCAGUUUCUGUCGCUUGGACAGUCAAUGUGGAUGAAGUCCUCAAGUAUAUUAAGAAACUGUUGAUGAAACCAUAAAAGCUGAAAAUAGGACUUGAUAUUAUAAAAGAUGUCAACAACCCAAACUGGGGUUUGGAUUGCCUUUGAUUUCAACUAAAAAAAGGCCCCUUGUAAUUUAUUCUCUUCAUGCCACCCAAAUUUGGGUUUAAAGAGCUCAUAAUUGUUUUCAUAUUGAUGGAUCUCUUAUUUAUUGCAAAAAACAUUCACUAUGAUGAUCCUCAACUAAUAAGAAAUAUUGUAAAUGAUGCUUUAUCUUGAACAUGUAA